GGUCAAAGAGAGUAUUUAAGUUAACCCCCUGCCACUAAUCUUCACAUCUCUCCUGGCAGCUCACAAACCUUCAUCUGAUCACAGAAAACCUCACCAGCUUCAGUUCUUACAGCUUCUAUCAUCUUCAUCUGAAGGAACACGACAAACUCAACAAUGUCUGGCAUCAUCAAAGUGUUUCUGCUCCUGGCUGUCAUGAUCUGCAUCUCCAAAGCCCAGCUCAAUGAAUCAGGGCAGCAGUGUCUGUGCCAACGAUUCAGAAGAGGAAUCAGUUCCAAGUCUGAUAUAAAGGACAUCCAGUUCUACAAAGAAACCAUCUUCUGCAACAAAGUGGAGAUUGUUGUCACCAUGAAAAGUGGCCUUCGAUACUGCCUGAACCCCAAUAUGAGAGCAGUGAAAAAACUUAUGGCUAGGAUCAUGCCAAAAGAGAACAUCACUACUAGCAGCCCUAGCUCUAUGUAGCUCUUUGGAUCACUAGAAUGCUUGGAUUACCUCUGACCCCAGCUAAGGCACCUUAAAUGAAUAUACCUUUGAACCAUUAACUCAAUUAUCUAUUUAUCUUCUUAUUAUAUUGAUGUGCUGUUUAAGUUUGUUUCUGUUUUACAUCAUAUGUUGUUUAAUUUAAUCUAUAUAUUGUGAACCAAGUUUUUCUGUAU